AUGAAGCACGCAGAGGGCACUUCCAACGGUGAUGCCAAUGGCUCCGGAGUCACGGCACCCAACCCUAAAGUCACACUCGAGGAGCUCGCCGUCUCUCCGAAUUUGCCGGGCCAGGUUCCGAGAUUGCUAGAGGAGAUAGCCUCUUCCGGAAAUCAGUAUCUCGCAGCAGAUUCUACCAAGUAUGCGGCGCUGGAAACAGCUGUCGGUCUCAAUCUAUUUGCUGCCCUAGGAACAGAUGACACAUCCAAGUCAGUUGCAAAGCUUGCACAGGCAACGGGCUCAGAUCCAGCAUUAUUAGGGAUUGUAACAGGCCGACUGAUGAAGCCCCUGGCUGCCGUGGGUGUGAUAACCGAGACCGGCCCUGAUGAGUAUGCGGCGACAAGUUUCUCGAAGGUGCUGACUGGCGAGAAAUACAGCGAUGCCUUUCCACUGAUGACAUCACGCUUUACCCUCGGCAUCCUCGCCCUACCCGCCUUCCUCGAAAAGACCAACUAUCGCAACCCGACCAGCGCCACAGACACAGCCUUCCAGCUCGGAUAUAAAACAGACAUGGGCUUCUUCGGCCACCUCCAGCAAGAGCCUAUCACUGCGAGGCGCUUCAACAACCACAUGGGCGUUUAUGCGCAGGGCCGUGCGCGCUGGAUGGACCCUGGUUUCUACCCAGUGCAGGAACAACUCAUCGAGGGCACGGAUUUCGGAAAAGAGGAUGUACUGCUUGUUGAUGUAGGUGGUAGCUUCGGGCAUGACUUGUUGGACUUCCGUCGCAAGUGGCCCAGUGUCCCUGGACGCCUCGUGCUGCAGGAUCUACCGGAGGUUGUCUCGUCUGUCAAGGACCUGGAUCCCUCAAUUGACGUUACUGCGCAUGAUUUCUUCACUGAGCAGCCCAUUAAAGGUGCUCGCGCGUACUAUAUGCACUCCGUCCUCCACGACUGGCCAGACAAUCUCGGGCGUAAGAUCCUGGAUAACCUUGUUGCCGCGAUGAAGCCGGGAUACAGCAAGCUGCUUGUCAACGAGGAUGUGAUCCCGGAUACGGGCGCGUACUGGGAGACAACCAGCCUUGAUAUAAUCAUGAUGCAGAUUGGAUCAGGCGAGCGGACGGAGCGUCAAUGGCGGGCCCUGCUGGAGUCGGCUGGGCUGGUGGUUGUGAAUAUCUGGACUGCGCAGCGUGGCGUUGAGUCUUUGAUUGAGUGUGAACUGGCUUAG